GAGAGAGAGAGAGAGAGAGGAGGAACACGGAGAAGCAGCAGCAGUGGGCUUGAACAGAAGCAAGACAAGGAAUUAGACACAGGCAGGAAAGAAACAGGCAGCUACCACCAAAAACAAAAACACGGAGAAGAAGAGAAGGUCACUCCAAACAGCAGAUCAAUGAAAGAAGCCAUGCCGGUCCUCUCUGCAGGUGCAGGACUACACGAAACACUGGCCCUGCUGACCUCCCAGUUACGCCCAGAUGCCAACCACAAGGAGGACUUGGUCUUUCUCAAGGACGUCUUCAGUGAGAAGAGCCUUGGCUACCUGAUGAAGAUUCAUGAGAGGUUGAGACAGUAUGAGCGCCAGAGCCCAACUCCUGUCCUUCACAGCGCCUCCUCUCUGGCUGAGGAUGUGGCAGAGGAGCUGCAGAGUGGACCAAUGAGCAGCGAUGAGAAGGAACUGCUGCAGCUGCUGACUGCUCCUCACCUCAAGGCUGUCCUCUCAGUGCAUGACACGGUUGCACAGAAGAACUUUGAUCCCGUCCUGCCACCGCUGCCGGAUGACUUUGACGAUGAGCUGGAGGAAGAGUCGGUGAAGAUCGUUCGGCUGGUGAAAAACAAAGAGCCACUGGGGGCAACCAUUCGCAGAGAUGAGACCACAGGUGCAGUGAUCGUGGCCCGGAUCAUGAGGGGCGGGGCCGCCGACCGCAGUGGCUUGGUGCACGUCGGAGAUGAACUCCGGGAAGUGAAUGGCAUUCUCAUCAUCCACAAAAGACCAGAUGAAAUCAGUCAACUGCUGUCACAGUCUCAAGGCUCUAUUACUCUCAAAAUAAUCCCAGCGAUCAAGGAGGAGGACAGACUGAGAGAGAGCAAGGUGUACAUGAGGGCCCUGUUUGACUAUAUCCCCUCUGAGGACAAGGCCACACCCUGCCAAGAGGCCGGGCUUCCCUUCAAACGUGGAGACAUCCUGCAAGUGGUGAGCCAGGACGACCCCACCUGGUGGCAAGCAAAGCGCGUGGGGGACAGCAACCUCCGUGCAGGGCUCAUCCCCUCCAAACACUUCCAAGAGAGACGGUUGGCCUACAGAAUGAAAAUGGGCACCCUUCAGAACCCCAAGUCCCCCAAGGCACCCAUUUAUGACCAGGCUUGUGACAAAGAGGACUGUGACUGUGAGGGCUAUUUCAAUGGACAGUACAUAGUUUCUCCAAAGUGUAAGCCAGUCGCGCCUUCCUGCAGCCAAGCUUUUUCCUGGGAGUUUUACACAGCUGGGCUGCGGAGAAGUUUCCGUCUGAGCCGUAAGGACAGGCAGGGAUCUCCAGGAGACGCUCAAACACCUGAGCCCAAGGAGCCAGAAUUUCUCACCUAUGAGGAAGUGAUACGAUACCAGCCACGCCCCAACGAACGGCCACGCCUGGUGGUGCUGAUCGGGUCCCUGGGCGCUCGGAUCAAUGAGCUCAAGCAGCGGGUGAUAGCAGAGAACCCCCAGCGAUACGGAGUGGCUGUGCCACAUACCACCAGGCCAAAAAAGAGUCAUGAGAAAGAAGGAGUGGAGUACCACUUUGUCUCCAAACAGGUCUUCGAGGCAGAUGCACAGAACAAUAAAUUCAUUGAGCACGGGGAGUACAAAGACAACCAGUAUGGUACCAGUCUGGAGGCCAUACGCAGUGUGCUGGCCAGGAAUAAACUAUGCCUGGUGGAUGUGCAGCCAGAGGCACUGAAGACCUUGCGCACAGCAGAGUUCAAGCCUUACGUAAUCUUUGUGAAGCCCCGGGUCCCAGAGAGCCGACGGCGCCGCAGCGCUGCCACCUCACCGGGAGGCGGGGAGCACGGCCGCAUCACGGAUGAGGACCUGCAGGAGAUGCGUCAGUCGGCGCAGCUGAUUGACCAGCAGUACGGCCACCUGGUCGACCGGGUCCUGUUGAAGGAAGACACAGCCAGUGCCUGUGCUGAGCUGCGUAGCAUUCUGGAGAGGCUGGAGAGGGAGCCCUACUGGGUCCUUGUCAGCUGGGUGAGGACCUAGCCCCCUGAACUGACACUUCCCUCUAAAUGCCCAAUCAAAGCGACCCCUCUCCAUCUCCAUCCCACUCCCUCCAUUAGUCCAAUAUCCAUUGCUGUCAACCCCUCUAUACACAGGAAAAGGGCAAAGUGAAUGGAGGAAGUGUGGCCCAGGAGGGGAGUUUGGAAUGAAUGUGGGUGGCUGUACUUUCACCCAGGGGUUGCUGAUGUAACUGCUGAAGCCUGGCUGGAGUUGUGCUGGUAAGAUCAGCGGUGGAUCGUGGUUUGACUAAAGCAAGCGUCAAACUGGAUUCGAACCUUUCAAUUUUAACAACAAACCUAUGAAUCCCUCCUGUGCUCAGCCUCUUUUUUUGUGGAAUUCUUGACUCUCACUCAGCGUGGCAGGAGUGGCAUGCCCAUGUUCCUGGGAAAACCCCUGUGCGUAUGGGCUAAGCACUUCCCCAAGUUUAACUUAUUUGAAAGAUUGGGUGUCGUUUUGUUUUCUGUUUAUGUUGUGUUGUACAGGUUGUGGCUGUAAUACCUCAUCAGUUUGUCCUCCUAACAGCACCUUUGGGAGGAGCCAUAAAGCAAUGUACUCUUUACUGUGUGCAAGGGGCUGCCACAGUAUGCAUAUCCACUCCACAUGCAUUGGCUCCCUGUAAGCAACACCACAGCCCAUCGCUACCUGUUCUCCCUCAUUGACUGAUAUGCACCAGUGGCUGCCAUGAUCUGGACUGCCAGUUUAUCUACUUUAUGGGCAACAAAUCAUCCAUAUCCCUGUUUUGUUGAUCGGAAAUGUAAUACACACAGCUCACGCAUUGUGAGCGCUGUGAUGGAGUCAGAAGGCUGUGAGGAUCGCUGACAGCUCUUGUCCUGCUGUGAACCUCAGAUGAAAGCCUGAUAUUCAACAGCCUACAUGGUGCUUCCCAGCCUUUCCACCACCUUGUGGAGAGGAUGCUUUCGGGAAUCAACAUGUCCUUGUGUGUGUAUGUGAGUUGUUACACAAGUGCAAAUGAUCCCCUGUCAAAAUGAAAAAGAUGAUCCUGUCACUUCCACUUGUAUGUUAUGCCAACAUAAAUCAAUUGACGCAAUCAUAGAAAUGGGACAGAAUAGAAACCAUUAUACUGAAGUUGAUGUGGACUUCAGUUUAAAAUAUUUUCAAUGUUUUGGCUGUCUUUAUCUUGACUGUUUGGUGUUGUGGAACACUUGGGGUGUUUUAUAUUAAGUGCAUGACAACCUGCCAACCAGGACUGGCUGGUUUAAUAUUGACUAAGGGCAUGAAAGGUUCAAUGCAUACGGAUUCAUUUUGAUUUCAGAUGUUUGUUAACAUGCCCUUAGAAAAGUUGAUAUACUGAAAAUGCUUUACCAAGGUCCUGCUUUGCAGAUCAUGAUCAAUAUCACGUUUUUGUACUUGGAUGUAAACAUUAAAUAUACUGCAAAUACAAUGACAACAAUACGGAAACUAGUUAAAAAAUAUUGAUUUGGACUGUGCAAAUACCAGACAAAUUUAUUAUUCUUUGACCCAAAGACUUAUUUGUAUGUUUAGGUGUGUUGGUGUGUGUAUGGGUAAUAUAAGCACACAAAACAUGCAUUGAACAUAUUCCAUUUGAGAUGAUGAUGUAGUGAAAAUAAACAUAUAAAAAUUACGUUUAAGUUUAUAUUAAAGGUUAACAAAUAUUCUAUCUGUAUUUUAUAUAAUACCUCCCUGUACUGUUUAGUUUGGGUCAGUAGGAGCCAUACAGCCUGGAUAUAAUGACAACCACUACAUGUGGAGUCAUAGCUUACACCUCUGGCAGAGCCAGAUCCAAAAUGAUGAACCCAGGAAAACAACCUGAGAGAUUAAUAAAUUCAAAAAUGACCGGUGCAAAAUAUAUAGUAAAAGACUUACGAUUGAACUAUUCAAAGAGAAAUAUUGUUUAAUUAUAUCCAAGCUCUGUCGCACCAGCAUUACAGUUGUUGAUACAGAGCUGCACUGCAAAAUGUCUCUAAGUAUUAUUCAUUUCUAGAUAAUGUAUGAAAUUAAUAUAAAUUGAAUUUUUUAUCAGUAACCUUCUCAUGGGAAUCUUUCUUGACACUUUUCAAAAUGGAAAAUGUGAAUAUGAAUCCAUGUUUUACUUUACUGGACAUUCAACCCACCUCCUCCCCAAACAAGGGACUGAGUGCUUAACUGCUAAAACAGUGAAGAUACCUCUGUGUGCGGUGAUACAGAAUCAAUUUCCUCCUAAUACCAGACAGGCAAAUAUGCUCCGCUUAAACAUUCUGACGCCAGUAAUACCAGAUUCAAAGACUUCAGUUUUAACACAGAAGGCUGUACAGUGAUAGGCUCCAGGUGUUGGAGACAGGAAUGGACACAGUACCAUGAAACAGGCCCAUGAUUGCCACAAUGCUUACUAAAAUACAAUGCAACCUCAUUUUAAUGAGGCCUUACAAAUGACAUAAAAAAGAGCUUGUCACAAUUUUUUGAGGGCCAAUAUGAAAUGCUGAAAGGCAACAUCAAAACAGUUUCCCUAGGCAUAACCAUAAGCUUCGUAUUUUAGUGGUGUCAAAUUUCUCAUUUCAAAAGAAUUGCUCUCCUCUCAAACUUCUGUUGUUACAAAACUUGUGCAAUAUCCAAUUACAGCGCUCAUAUUUAAAAACAAAAAUAUUUAAUGUUAAGCAAUCAAAAUCUUAUUUGAGAAAAAUGGGAGUUGCAUAAAAAAUUCUCAUGCACUCCCAUUCUAAAUAGUGCAAUAAAAAGUCAAUGUACUACUAAGUAGUUAGAUGUUUUUGGUCCUGUGAUAUAGCAUUUUAAUUGGACUUGGCAGUUACAUGGUCCAUUUCUUAUGCUCUCAACCUUCAGGAAACUCAAGUCUGCCAGAGAAUUUUUUUUUUCUUCAAUUUUUGAUGAACUCUUACUGUUGAUUUUAAGGACAAUGUAAAAAGUGCCAUAGUAAAAGAAAGUGAUGUUGCAUUUUGUAGUUUGUGAUAUUUAUAGCUGGGGAAAGAAAGUGGUAGAGGUAAGAGUGUGAGGAUGGGAAGAAGGGAUACAGCUGUCUGUGGUUUGACUUUUACACAUAUUUUCAGGAUUCAGGUGCCACGUCAAGAUGCUGCUAUUCAUAAGAUAAAUGUAAUUGUAAAAGUGACAUCUAAACACUCAGAAAUGUGUGACUUCUGCCUGCCAAUACUGCCAGCUCAACAGUUUUUCACUUAUUUUAAAUAUCCAAAAUUUACUUUGCUGAUCUGUGUUUGCUAGUACGUAACGUGCUGGCAAAUAAUAUUUAUACUAUACCUAUAGUUCAAAUUACGUACAUUGACCUGGCAGUAUUCAGCAGGUAUUAGAGUUAAGUAGUGUCAUGCCUUUGUUGAAAAGCUGUAACCAUUUCACAGAAUGAGUCCUAUAU